AGACUGUCACGUGGAGUUAAAGUUUUUGGUUAUGUUUAGUUGUGUUAUAUGUAUGCUCUAAAUAUGACAAAAGUAAAAAAAAAUAGAAAAGCCGUAGGCUUAAAGGAACCUAAAGUAAUGCAGAAGAAAGUGAAAACAAAGAAAACUUCAAAUGCAAAAUUUUCUUCGAUGUCUGCUAAUGAUUUUAUGAAUAAUGUCAUUGACGAAAACCAAGAUUCUCAUGACGAAUUAAAUGUUUCGCCUAAUACACCUAAUACAAGGAAAAAAUCGACGGUCGCACAAAGCGAAACAGAUUCAGAAAGUGAUGGUUGUGAUGAUGUAUCUCAUGCAAAGUCUUUAGAACGAUUAAGAAGUACUGAUCCGGAUUUUUACCAGUUCUUGCAAGAAAAUGAUCAAAGUCUUUUAGAUUUUGACGUUUCUGAUAAUGAGCAAGAUGAAGAUGAUAAUGACUCAGACGGUAGUAUACAUCAACCCAACGCAGAACUCGAAGGAGCAAGCGAUGAAAGUGACUUUGAGCAUUCUGAUGAUCUUCCCACCAGUGGUACAAUAACUUUGCAAAUGGUUAAGAAAUGGCAUGAAGAAUUGCAACAGCCCAAAGUUUCCAUAAAUGUACUCGAAAAUACCAUGAAAGCAUUUAAUGCUGCAUUGCUAUGUAUUUCUAAUGAGGAAGCGCAAAAGUCGAAUUUAAGAAUAGAUGGUUCCGGUGUAUUCAAUGCUGUAAUACAAUUAUGUGUUCUUAAUCUUCAGCCAGCAAUUGCACAAUUUUUGAAAUUGACUACUUCUCAAAAACCUCACAAGUGCAAAAGAUGGGUUAAAGUUAAAACUUUAAUAAAAGGAUAUUUUAUAGACCUCCUUAAGUUGCUUGAGGGAAUCACUUCACCAAAUAUUCUAGCUGUUUUGUUAAAACAUCUACAUCAAAUGCAAAUAUUUCUCUCCUCGUUCUUAAAUGUUUCAAAACAAAUUUUAAAAAAACUGAUUGGUAUUUGGGCUACUUCAGAAGAAACUGUCAGAGUUUUGGCAUUCAUUUGCAUUUUGAGAAUUACAAGACAGCAACAAGCGUCUUUAUUAGAUACUGUAUUAAAAUCUAUGUAUAUCACUUAUGUAAAAAAUUGCAAAUUUGUUAGUCCCACCACACUUCCUAAUAUUAAUUUUAUGAGAAGAUCUUUAAUGGAAAUGUAUGCACUAGAUCUGAACAUUUCUUACCCUCAUGUGUUUUUAUACAUCAGGCAACUAGCUAUACACCUGAGAAAUGCUAUCACAUUACAUAAAAAAGAAAAUAUACAAACCGUAUAUAAUUGGCAGUAUGUAGGUUCAAUACAUCUCUGGGCAGAUUUAUUGUCUUUCACUCAUAAUAAACCUCAACUUCAACCUUUGAUAUAUCCUCUGGUUAUGAUUGUUAUUAAUGCAAUCAAACUAGUUCCUACUUCGCAAUAUUAUCCUUUGAGGUUUCAUUGUCUUCAAAUUUUGAAUAGUUUGUCAAAGAAUACUGGAUUAUAUAUACCUAUUUUACCUUUAAUAUUAGAGGUGUUGGCUGCAUAUGAUUUUAAUCAGAAGCAUAAAAAAGUUUCUUUGAAACCAAUGCAAUUUACAUGUAUUUUACGUGCAUCCAAAUCUCAAAUGAUGGAAAAUGGUUUCAAGGAUGCAGUGUUUGACAGUAUUUAUAAAUUGCUUUUUGAGACUCUAACAAAUGAGGCCCAAUCAAUUGCUUUUCCUGAUUUUAUUGUUCCUUUUGUUAUGCAGGCUAAAGAUUUUUUAAAGAGGUGUCAUAUAGCCAAAUACUGCAAACAAUUAAAGCAUUUGCUUGACAAAGUUAUUGAAAAUUCUAAAGUGAUAGAUAAUGAGCGUUCAAAAAUAACUUUGGACUUAAAUAAUAAGCAAAUAAUUAAUAGCUGGGAAACACAGAUUUGUGGUAAGGGUUUACCACUUCUAACAUACUAUCAAGAAUGGAGCAAGGUAAAUGAAAUUCAAAAGAAGAAAAAAUAUACUAACAAUGAAGAAAUAGCUGAAUACAGUUUUCCCAAAAUAAAUAAAACUAAAAGAAAAAUUGAAAGAGGUCCAGCUGAAUUAUUCCCAUCGGAUAGCGAGGAUGAAGAAAUUAAUAGAUUUAAAAAUAAAGCUGAUAAUUCUGAAAAACCUAAGAAGAAUAAAAAACAGACCAAAAAGCCAAAGAUUGUACCACAGGAUAACAUUGAUGAUACUAUUGAAUCAAAUGAGCAAGAUUUGGUUGAGAAUUUUGAUAUGACGAAAUGGUAA